AUGCCGGAAGUCGUUCGACCCGCCUUCGCCACCCACCCGAGGUCCAUCCUCUCAUACGGGAUUCCCUUCACCACGGCUGCCGCUCUCCAUGUGCGCGAGACUUUUACAGCAUCCAAAGUCUACAUGAUUGUGUCCAGGUCACUGGCGCAAAACACAGGCUCCUUGGGAAAGCUGCGGGAUGCCCUGGGACCAGAGACGGUUGUCGGAGUUCGUGUCGGUAUGCGCAACCACACUCUGUUUUCAGAGAUUCUGGAAGUCGUGACAGAGACACGCGAGAAAAAGGCGGAUUUGCUACUGACGCUGGGUGGAGGGAGCUUAAGUGAUGCAGCAAAGGUGGUGACUCUUGCAAGCUGGUAUACAUAA